AUGGCAAUUGGUGCAUGCAUACGAGGAUUUAAGUCGUCAAUGCGGCCCGUGAUUGUUGUUGAUGCUACUCAUUUGAAGUGCAAGUAUAGAGGUGUUUUGUUUGUUGCGACCGCAUUUGAUGGAAAUCGGAACAUAUAUCCUGUUGCCUUUGGGAUUGGAGAUUUGGAGACGGAUGCAGCUUGGGAGUGGUUUUUGAGAAAACUACAUUGUGCAAUUGGUGAUUGCUCGAAUCUCGUUGUCAUAUCAGAUCGCAAGGUUAGCAUACAGAAUGGGUUGCGUAGAGUUUUUCCUGGGGCAAGCCAUGCGGGAUCCGAUAUUGGGGUAUUUGUAAGGGCAGCUAAGUCUUAUCGUCUAGCGGAGUUCAAUCGUCACUUUUCCAGGAUAAACAAUGACCGAGUGCGAACUUAUUUACUACGUGCAGGCGUCCAGAAGUGGUCUCGGGCCCAUUGUGAUGGACGACGAUAUAAUGUGAUGACAACGAAUAUUGUGGAGUCCAUUAAUUCAGUUCUUCGGUUUGCAAGGAUCCUUCCGGUGCUACACUUGAUUGACGAAAUUACAAAUCUACUUGUCUGUUGGUUUAGGCAACGUCGAGAGUUAGCAAUGAAAUCUCAUUCUACGUUGUGCCCUGAUUUAGGGGAAAUUAAGUUAAGGAAGAGGUUAGACGCUGCGUCAAGGAUGAAUGUGGUCAAAAUCAAUGAGGUCGAGUAUAAUGUUCUGGAUGGUGAUUUGAACGGUCUGGUGCACUUGCAAAACCGUAGUUGUACAUGCAGGAAGUUUGACUUGGAGCAACUCCCGUGCAAGCACACUAUUGCGAAGGUCAAAAUCCUCCCUCCUCUUUGUAAGGUUAUGCCAGGCCGUCGCAAAACGCAAAGAAUAGCUUCUAAAGGAGAGGAGUCCCGUCAAAAAAAUGCUCAAGGGAUGGAAGUCGGUCCACUCAACGGUCAUGUGAAGCAUAUGGAACAAGGUAACAAGUCCUUUGCAAUGAGAGCCUAUUAUUAG